UUAAUCUUUCAUUGUGUUUCACCAUGACGACCCCCCGUUUGUGUUUGACGCUCGUCCUUACGUACGGCUAUAUUAUUCCCUUGACGACAGCAUGGACGAGCCCGUUGCCACUUUUUGGAAGAGAUACACGCCACGGCCUUCGGUGUUUGGAUGCGCUGCCCCCAGCCGCCGUUGAGGAGCUCGGUGAGGCACCGACGGCUCUUUCGCGCCGGGACUGGUGCCGACGCGCAUUCGGGGCCGCCAGCGCACUCGGGAUUACCGCUAUUGUCCAGUACCCCAAUCCUUCCCACGCGUUGGUCAAGGGGUCCGAACCGCCACCGCGUACCAAAAUGAACGACGGCAAACCCAAGUGUACCAACGUGGACGAGUGCCAAGCCCAAGCCGAGCUGCGCGAACAGCAGCUCCGAGAGGAGGCCGCCGCCAACGCUGUCCCCAUUAGCACGACUUCCGGAGGUAUCCGCUUUCGGGAUCUUAUAGUUGGCGACGGGACAACGGCGAAAGCCGGCGACGAAGUUGUUCUGCACUACAAAGUAUUGAAACUCGGUAAACGCAGUUACGACGGCAUUUCGGGAGAAGGCACCGUCGUUUUUUCGAGAGGGUACGGGCUAGAAGACGACGAAGCUAAACCCGGUGACAAGAAUUUUGUCACGACGCUAGGCUCCCUCAGCAACAUUGGUGCCGUUAACGAUGCCGUUCCCGGCAUGCAGACGGGUGGGACCCGUCGCUUUGCGAUUCUACCACCCCAGGGAUGGCGCAAACCGUCCAAGAUGUGUGACGGUGGACCGGGUGGUAGUGGUUCGGGUGGAGACUUGCGGACGGACUACGUUAUUGUACCUACCGCCACCAUGGUGGACGCCGAAGUCUGUUUUGAUCAAUCGAAACAACCCUUUCCGACAUCGUACGGACAACAACGCCGAAUGGCGCAACGCUUCGAUCAGAGUCUCAUUAUGGAAGUACAGCUAGUUGCGGUCAAGGCGGGAGGGAGCCUAUAAAUUGCUAAGUGUAAACAGUUUAUAGACGCUACUGUAAGCAAAGCGAAAAGCUGUGUGUUCGCCGGACCGUGUUCGAGGGGUAGCUUGGAGAUCCACAGUCAAAAACUACGAGGUGGACUCCAAUACCCGGAGAAACAGGUCCGUCUGUCCUCCGAGGGAUUCAAAACCCAAUCAGGUCGCCGGAAACAGAGUGACAACUGGAAAGCCAGACACACAACCGUGGUUUUGCGCCAUUGACAGUGAGGAAUAUUACUGUUACUGUUAGUGCAGUACCGACCGACCGAAACACAAAAUCGAAAACUACCCGAGUACAGCACAUCGUCUAUGAUAAACCUAGGUGCUGCUAGCACACAUACUUAACUUACUCACACACCUAUACCGAGCGGCAAACACGUUGAAAUUCAGCCGACGCUUUAAGCCGAGACUCAAGCAUGUACAAACUGCCUAUAAUGGCCGACGAGAGGAGGAAUAUCCGAGGCCGACAACGGUACAGCCGUCGUCGUCCAUCUUUCUCAUCGUGGCUUACGAAUCCGUCUCUUGCCGUAUUAUUCUUGUUUGGAAUGAUGUUCUUAUUCACUGGCAAUGGAAUGCUUUGCGCGACGGCGAUAGAGGCAACGUGGACCCCCAACGAGGAUGGAGACGCUCCACUGCCCUUGUCCAACAAUCAACGACAACAGUUACUUCAACUGGAAGACACCAUUCGGAGUGCUCCCGACCCGCAGGCUACUUUGAUGCAAGUAGCUCAAUCCAACGAAAUGGACCCACAAGAAUUGGUAAAUUUGCUCAAUCAGAAUCGAAGGGAAAUGCAAGCCGCGGGAGCGUUACAACCGCCCGGAACGUCGGGACGGAAUAUUUGGAAGCUUGUUUCUAGUAUGGGAGUGGUGCUCGUACAGUCGGCAUCCAAACAUCCGAG